UUUGUUGCUCAUCCCCACUUCUCGCUGACUCAUCAAUGGCGGCCGCCACAUCUUUCUCCCCCGCUAUCUCAGCCUCAUCAUCCAAAACCCUAAAGAAGGCUGCUCUCAAGCCCCCGGCUCCGGCCAGCUUAGGGUUCUUGUCGUCAUCUUCUUCCAUGGGAUCGAAGGCUCUCAAGGCUGUUGGCGUCAGUGGUGCUAAUGCCGACGGCUCGGCUCUUGGUGCUCGCAUGGUGUCCGUGCCUGCGAUUAAGCCCUUAACUUCGCUCGAUUUUGACACAUCUGUCUUCAAGAAGGAGAAAGUCAAUCUCGCCGGCCACGACGAGUAUAUUGUGAGAGGAGGUAGGGAUCUUUUUCCCUUGCUGCCGGAAGCAUUCAAGGGGAUCAAGCAAAUUGGUGUCAUUGGCUGGGGUUCUCAGGGACCUGCACAGGCUCAGAAUUUGAGGGACUCGCUUGCUGAAGCUAAGUCUGAUAUUGUGGUUAAGAUUGGGCUGAGGAAGGGCUCCCGUUCUUUUGCAGAAGCUCGUGCAGCUGGUUUCUCUGAAGAGAAUGGGACUUUGGGUGAUAUCUAUGAAACUGUUUCGGGAAGUGAUCUUGUCUUGCUUCUGAUUUCUGAUUCUGCACAGGCUGAUAAUUAUGAAAAAAUAUUCUCUCACAUGAAACCAAACAGCAUUCUUGGGCUUUCCCAUGGGUUUCUUCUUGGGCAUUUGCAGUCAUUGGGGCUUGAUUUCCCUAAGAAUUUUAGCGUGAUUGCUGUUUGUCCAAAGGGGAUGGGUCCAUCUGUGAGGAGACUUUACGUUCAAGGAAAAGAGAUAAAUGGUGCAGGAAUUAAUUCUAGUUUUGCAGUUCACCAGGAUGUUGAUGGUAGAGCCACAGAUGUUGCGUUGGGAUGGUCUGUUGCCCUUGGCUCUCCAUUCACAUUUGCUACGUCUCUAGAGCAAGAAUACAAGAGUGACAUCUUUGGCGAGCGAGGCAUUCUACUUGGUGCUGUUCAUGGAAUUGUGGAGUCCUUGUUUAGAAGGUACACUGAAAAUGGAAUGGCUGAAGAGCUGGCUUAUAAGAACACUGUUGAAUCCAUAACAGGGAUUAUAUCAAAGACCAUUUCCACUAAGGGAAUGUUGGCGGUGUACAAUUCUUUCUCUCCUGAUGAGAAAAAGGAAUUUGAGAAAGCAUAUAGUGCAUCAUAUUAUCCCUGUAUGGAUAUUCUCUACGAAUGUUAUGAAGAUGUAGCUAGUGGAAGUGAGAUUCGCAGUGUUGUGCUUGCUGGACGGCGAUUUUACGAAAAGGAAGGUUUACCAGCUUUCCCAAUGGGGAAAAUUGACCAAACCCGAAUGUGGAAGGUCGGUGAACGUGUCCGCCAAGUACGUCCUGCAGGUGACCUUGGCCCGCUACAUCCUUUCACUGCUGGUGUAUAUGUGGCAUUGAUGAUGGCGCAGAUUGAGAUACUGAGGAAAAAGGGACACUCUUACUCUGAAAUCAUCAAUGAAAGCGUGAUCGAAUCAGUGGACUCUCUGAACCCAUUCAUGCAUGCUCGUGGGGUUUCAUUUAUGGUCGACAACUGCUCCACAACCGCACGAUUGGGAUCACGAAAAUGGGCUCCACGUUUUGAUUACAUUGUCACCCAACAAGCCCUGGUCGCCAUCGACAACGGUUCAGCUGUUAACCAGGACCUCAUCAGCAACUUCCUGUCUGACCCAGUUCAUGGAGCAAUUGAAACAUGCGCCCAGUUGAGACCUACCGUCGACAUUUCUGUUCCACCUGAUGCCGAUUUUGUUCGCCCAGAGCUUCGUCAGUCUGGCAACUAGAAACUGCCAACAAUAGGAGGCCCUUGAAUUGAGUUGGUCGAUCUCGUCGAAGGAACUGCUGUAUGUAUCUUUGAAUAUGUAGCGUUAUUUCGAUUUUCUUCAAGGUCUAAGUUUAAUAUCUAUGGUAAGUAGUAUCAAACUUAUGUUACUGAGCUGAGUAGUAGUUAAUAAGUUAUGUUCUAAAAUUGCUGUGGUCAUUUUGUUUAAGCUGUUGCUGUGUACACUUGCGGGAUCACAUCAGAGAACUCUCAGUUGCUACAUUUAUGUCAUCUUAGAUUUAUCUUCAUCAUAACUUCCACU